AAAUAACAAACCGAAAGUAGUUCCCAGACAGGUGAAUGAAAGUAUGGGAAGAUAAAUUGCUUAUGAUUUCCUAACAGUUAGUCUUCAAAAGUUGGAACUGAACAGUUCCACUUGAGACAAUGGCCACUUCUACUUCCUGGGCUCAGGAGGUCAUCACCUGUGACCUUUGCCCUAAGCCCACUCAGCAGUUCUGUAACAAUUGUCAAGUCAGUUUAUGUGUGGACUGUGUCAGUAAACAUGUGGAUAAAUUCAAGUCUCAAACACAUGACAUUGUUCAUUUCACCAAUAGAAAGAUCCAACCAGUGUUUCCUGAGUGUGAGGUUCACCCCAACCAGAGAUGCGAGGCUUAUUGCCAGCAGUGUCAUGUCCAAGUCUGUCUGAAAUGCAUUCUCAGUUCCCAUAGUGGACACAAGAUUGUAGAAAUGCAAGAGAUUUUUAAUGAAAGGAAAAGGGAAAUUGAAAAAGAAAACCAAGAAAUUGAAUCCAUCAUUAUCCCAAAGUACAAGAAGAAAAUGGAUAAUAUAGCAGGCAAAAUCUCAACAUCUAGAGCCAAAUUUGAUAAACUGGAAAAAGAAGCAGAAAAGCACAGAAAACUUUGGCACCAAGAAGUAGAUAACAUCUUCAACAAAGUUAGUUCCUUGAUCAAGUCCAUGAGAGAAAAUAAUAAUACUCCUCUACAAUCCCAUCAAUCCAAGUUAAAAAACCUUAUUCCAGAUAUGAUGCAAAUUGUUGAACAAAACAAAGAAAUCCUAAAGACCAACAAAGUGUCUGAUGUCAACAACUACAAAUCCAAACUGACGGAAUACAGAGAUAUACCUGCGGAUGCUGAUGUCAAAAUUCCUUCACUGAAUACAAAAACAGUCCAAGGGAGAGAACUCAGCAUAGAGUUAGAAGAAUUCAAGGCUACAUUAACACAGUCAGCAUAUAUAUCUAGUCCGACAGAUGAAGUCUCCCAUUUGUCUAUGAGAGAGUUAUUAGACAAAGCCAGAGUGAUAGCCACCAUUCCUACUGAAGUUAAACCUCUACGGAGUGUGGCCUGUGUAGGAAUAGAUGAAGCUUGGGUUUGUGGUUCUGACAAAGUUAUGAGGCUUGUUGACAUACAUGGGUCACUACAGGAAUCUGUUACCACCUCAGAUCAAUGCUAUCCUGAUGACAUCUCUGUGACCAAACAGGGAGAACUGAUUUACAGUGAUUAUGGCAGUAAAACAGUGAACAUUGUCAGAAGGGGAAGGUCUGAGACACUGAUCACCACACCACAGGGCUGGACACCAUGGGAACUGUGCUGUACAAAGUCAGGAGACAUACUGGUCAAUGUGUAUAAAAAUAAACAAAACAAAAUACUACGUUAUCAGGGGAAAAUACUGAAACAGGAAAUUUAUAGAGAUGAACAUAGAAAUGUAAUUUUUGAAGAGGGAUAUUUUACACUUUUUAUGGCAGAGAACAACAACGGAGACAUCUGUGUCUCUGAUCGUAAUGCUGGCAUCGUGAUAUUGGUAGACAAGACAGGAAGAGUCCGAUUCCGAUACGAUGGGACACCAGCCAGGAGAGAGCAGCCAAUUGAUCCUGGACAAAUAGUGACAGACUCCAUGAGUCAGAUCAUUGUGACAGAUGUAAAUAAUAACUGUCUACACAUCCUGGAUCAGGAUGGACAGUUCCUGGGAUGUGUGGACAAUUGUGGACUAGAUAAGCCUAUUGGAUUGAGUAUGGACAGUGAGGGGAGGCUGUGGGUAGGAUUAAAAAAUUCAGGAGAAAUUAAAGUGAUUCAGUACAUAAAAUAACAUACACUGUGUUGUAUAUGAUAUUACAGAAUGACAGAGCAUAUUUUGUAAAAUUCAUAUAUAUGUGAAUGAAUAGAAAUUCAUAAAUAAUUAAAUAUGCAUGAUUUAUUCAUGUGAAACAUAUCUGACAGAUGAAAACUAAGAAAA